GACUUCCGGCAAUUCUUAAAACUGGUUGACGAUUUUUUUUUUUUUAUUGGGCUUCGCGUGCAAGCUGUUUUGUUUUCGCGGCAACGUUGAUUUCUUUAUUUGCUUUGUAACCACCUGUUGAUAUACUAAGAUCAAGUGCCUGCCGAUCACGUUUAGAUGCUUUAUUCGGAGUUGGUGGACGCUAAAGAUGACUCGGAAGAAGAAAUUUACGACGGGAUGCCUGCUGGCCGCUCCGAUGGAGAUAAGGAAAGUGAAACGAGUCCACUCUGUCCAGAUCGACAGCAAGAUGUGGAAGGAGCCUCCGUGACAUCGGUCGCAGAGCAUGAAGCCACCACCAACUGCCAAACAAUGAUGCACCUGCUCAAGGGGAACAUAGGUACGGGUGUUCUGGCCAUGCCUAGUGCCUUGGCCAAUGCUGGAGUCCUUGUCGGCUCUCUUGGCAUCGUUCUUGUGGGAAUAAUUUGUAUACACUGCAUGCAUAUAUUGGUGAAAUGCAACCACAUACUCUCCAAAAAGGUUGGGUGUAAAACAUUAGACUUUGCCGGUGUGGCACAGUACUCCUUCAGGUUUGGACCACGCUGCAUACGACGGUUUGCCAAUGCUGCGAGGGCAACUGUAAACUGCUUUCUCCUGCUGACUCAAUUUGGAUUUUGCUGCGUCUACUUUGUAUUUGUUGCAACUAGUCUAAAAGAGGUGCUCAAUGGGCAAGGCGUUGAGAUGAGUGUGUAUGUUUACCUGGCCAUACUGCUGCCUGUCAUGGUGCUGUACAACUUCAUCCGAAGCCUGCGAAUGCUGUCUGUGGCGUCCACGUUCGCCAACUUACUGCAGAUCACAGGCAUGGUGCUCAUCUUCUACAACCUGCUGCAGGACAUGCCGAGCAUCAGCGAGCGGCCUUUGUCUAUGGGCAUAAGCCGCCUGCCGCUGUACUUUGGCACUGUCAUCUAUGCCUUCGAGGGCAUUGGCAUUGUGCUUCCUCUGGAAAAUGAAAUGAAAACCCCUCAGGACUUCGGAGGUGUGAGUGGUGUGCUGAACACGGGCAUGGUCAUUGUGGUUUGCUUGUACACAGCUAUUGGCUUCUUUGGGUACCUGAAGUAUGGUGAUCAUGUGGCAGGAAGCAUCACGCUCAACUUCCCACCUACGCCGUUGAACGAAGUGAUCCGGCUUAUAUUUGCGAUCUCCAUCUUUCUCUCAUAUGCUCUGCAAAUGUACGUGCCCGUUCAGAUCAUCUGGCCCUCCGUAGUGCAGCGAUUUUCUCUCGACGAGGGAAAGUAUUCGCCGCGGGUCGUGAUGAUCUUCGAAUUCUUGGUGCGCACUGCGCUGGUUACCAUGACCUUCGUGCUGGCCGUUGCGGUGCCCAGGCUGGACCUCUUCAUCCCAUUGGUUGGUGCACUGGCAAGCAGCAGCCUGGCACUCAUCUUGCCACCAUUGCUAGAGCUCUUCACGUUGUGGGAGACUGACCACGGCAAACUCAUGUGGAGUUGGCUGUGGGCCAAGAACAUUUUCAUCUCGGUACUCGGAGUGCUGGGAUUUGUGACCGGAACGUUUGUUACAAUCACGGAAAUUAUUAACACCUUUUCAAAUCCAAGCGGCAGCCCAAAGUGAUUACUUUGCGCUCGCUCCGUCAGCAAACGCGCUUGGUUCCCGUGCGUGGCAUGGGGACGUAGGAGGACUUGCUACGUGGUCUUCUGUAUAAGCCGCGGUAGAAGUUUGCAACUGCCUAGAAGUACAGAAACAGGGUACGCUCUUAUCUCUUCCUGUACCAAAACUUGAAGGAAGCUUUUUUCAUGCUUUAUCAGACAUAAGGAAACCGUUGCAGUUCACCCAGAAUGUUUAAACUGUGCAUGUGCGUGUUCAUAACUGGGUGCAGCUGUGCCUUAUUGAUCUGUUUAGGCAUUCUUCGAGAGCAAAUUAUGGGAAAGGAUAAAUUGAUGGAAGACGUAGCAAAGACAGAGAUGCAGAUAGACAUACUGGAAUUGAAGAAUGCAUGUAAAUAAUGUUUCAACAAAAGCAGGUUUGCUAUGAGACUCUUGUUCAGUUUUAGAAAUGGCACUGUGUUGGUGCUGUAAUGUGCUUCUAAGCAGUUGCAAGAAAUGCUAAAGCAUGUGAAAGACGUGAAAUGCCCUUGUCUAAAGGAGCUUGCACUUUGUGUCACGCUCUGGCUGAAUACCCAAAAUCUGUGAAUGCUAAUGCUGGUGAAUUGGUUCUGUGUCGACAGCGCCACUAGUAACGAUUUGAAUCUUGGUACUGUUUGAACCAAGUGCAUAAUGAAAUCAGUGUUGCUCUGUAUAUGUGCUGGCAUUCUGCUAUAAAAUUGCUGUUAAGCGCAUAGCGAAUACAACUUAAUUUUGCAUAGCUAUGCCAGCAUUAGAGUUGAAGAUUAACUUUCCGGAAAGCAGUGUCUUACCCAUAUCACCCUCUGAACUAGUGACUUCUAGCAGGAAGGACGCUCUUUUGAGUGUGCUCACAAUGAACUGGCAUUUGUUCUAGACAUGGUGAUUGAAUGAACUACGUGUGGGUGGUAGCAAGAUGUAUUUAUUGAGCCUUGAGAGGAGCUUGCUUACCUGUGAUGGUGUUUUCACUUUUUAAUACCUUGUGGUACGUUAGGCCAAGGACAUUGUACUGAUUCAUGGGCAUUUAGUUACCUUAUCAAAAAUGGAGCCCACCUUGUCAGAAACUAUUGGAAAUGCCGAGGAUUAGCAAUGUAAUUGCACGCAUUGUCAUGUGUUGUCUACGUUACGUGAAGCAGUUAUUGUCAUAACCAAGUGAUGCUCCUGUCUACAGCUACAGUGCUGACGUGAGCUGAGCUUACCGUCUGGCAGCAGCUGUCAUGCUUGUUAAGAUUCUCAUCUCGCAUGACCAGAGUCCUCUGCCAAGGACUCUGAUAGUGUGCUUGGGGCUUCCAGUCACAUUCCAUUAAUGUGCUCACUUUUUCAUUUCAUUCAUUACAACACAAGUCCUUCAGUCUAGCAUCCCGUGGUUUCCACUGGAUCUUACAAUGCGAUGAUUUGGACGCUUGGCAACCAUUUAAAAUCACGUUGGCCUUCUGGACAGUGUAGAGAUUGCUUAUGUGAAUGCAUUUCACCUCAAUGUUUUUAAUUGUGCACGCUGGUCACUCACUGCAUGUGCCGCACCACUGAGGCCACUGAACAAUGGACCUCUGUUUGAGGUGCUUAACUUCGUCAUUUGAGUGUGUGCUUUGUGAUUAUUCAAGAGAUUCUCAUGCAUCUUUUAGCGUGGCACUAUAGGAAAUUGUGUAAGCACUUUUUCUUGUGUCCCUUGGAGCAUAUUGUUUGGCAUCUACUGUGUGCUUUGUUGGUUGUUUAGCUGUUCUUUCUCGUGCAGCUCUGUGUCUGAACUCUAGCUGCCACCUAUGGUGUGGUAGCAGACCACCACCACAAUAAGGUGUACAGUACUGCUUAUUAGCAACGUGAUGUUGAGUGUCCUUGCUUCCUCCAGGUCUUUGCAUCUUUUUUUCUAGUCUGGUAAUUUGAGCUGCUUCUAGGAAAAGGUGCUUCCAUGAACUUUUUUCAUCUUACCACGUAUGUAUAUACUAAUAAGGGUUUGCUUUCAGCACAAUUUGCAAGUGCCUUCAAUGAGCGAACCUAUGUGUAUAUUUUCAGUGCAUUGUUGCACUCUGUGAUAAGUUGUAUGCUUCGUUUUUCUUGUGAGAACUGAUACCCGCGUGCCUUACAUUCAUGACUGCACUCCUGGGAAGAAACAGUAGCUGUCAACGGCAUCAGCAACUGCAAUCACAGUCUUCCAUUUCAUGUGCACGAACAUGCUCAAAUAACUGAUUUCCCAACACAUUUGUGGUGCAAGUGCCUUUUUAUUUACUGUUGUAAUGUUUGUUAACUCUGUGCCUUAACGUGUUUCUCUUGAUGGGAUUGAAAAAAGCUACGAAAAUUGCAGGCACCCUUUACAUCAGCAAGUAGUUCUUUGAACGCGAAAUGCAGUUGUCGGUUACUUUAGUCAGUGACUCCAAAUCGGUAUUGGCUGAUUUGCAGCUGUAUAAAUUGAGGCAUGAAUUGGUGAUUGUGACUGGCAUCUUCUCUCAGAUGCUGGCAUAGGUGCAGUAUUAUGAGUCAUUUUGCUGUUUCUUCAGUGAGUGUGGCUCCUUUGUCCUAUGGGGCCAUUUUUCUUCCCAUUUUAUGAUAAAGCUUGUGUACACAUGUUUAGAUUUAUAUGUAUAUACGUUGUUAUGCACUCUUGUAUUUAUACAAAUGCAUGUAUUAUACACAGCCGUGUCAUUUAGUAAUAGUAAAGUAUAAAUAAAUGUAAAAAUAUUUAAUUGAUUGCUUGUACUUGAUAGAGAAAAUCUAUUGCCUUAUGAAGGACACAUCAUGUUUUUAUUCAAUAUGAUUAAUUAAUUAUUGAUCGGCGUGAUUGGCAGUUGUCUCACUUAUGUGUGGACAAGUGUAUUGAACAUGUGUCUACCACUGUUGAUAGAGAGGCUUACAGAGCAGAAAUUCACAUGAAACAAUUGAAGUUUUAUGUACAUUGUUGCUCUCAUCCCUUUCUCUUUGCCUUCUGAAUCGCUGUUUAAAUAAAGAAAAUUUGUUAACAUUA